CUUUUCCUCGCGGCUGCUUUAUUUUUAGUCGCCACCUCAAACUCGGCUCCCAUUGCUAGAGAGGAGGCUGGUGGGAGGGGACAAGGCAGGGUUCCAGCCGGCUGGGCGGCGGCGAACUGGGACACCAGCAAAAGGGUUACCGCAUGCACGAAGCCGCGGCAGUAGCAGCCGCCGCCGGCUGGGCUGCAAGCGGUCACCUCCCCCCUUUUCGCCCGCAGCUGCUGGGAGGCAGCAGCAGGAGGGAGACAGACUGACAGACCGCGGCCUCCGGCUUCUCCUUUCCUGCCCCCUGGGAGAAUCCGUUACCGUUAGUCUGCGCUCAGCCUCCCUGCUGCCGCAGCAGGACGCAGCUCGCCUUUAUAGAUGGCCAGUCCUGGCUUAGAGCUCGUGGAGGGGCCGGCCCAGCCUCUGCAAGACUCCCCCCAGCCUGAGCCAGCUUUUGCCGAAGCUCAGAAGUGGAUUGAGCAAGUAACAGGGAGAAACUUUGGUGGCAAAGAUUUUCGAUCCGGAUUAGAAAAUGGAGUUCUGUUGUGUGAUUCAGCCCAACCAGAAUCAUGUGAAUGUGGAGGGUAAAUCUCCAGUGAUGCUACAAAUGCAAAGAACCUUAUCACUUUCAAACCUUCAAAGGUUGCUGAAUUCUAUAAAGCCUGGAUUGGUCAAAAAGAUCAAUAGACUGCCAACUCCCAUUGCUGGAUUGGACAACAUUGCCUUGUUCUUAAGAGGCUGCAAGGAACUUGGGCUAAAAGAAUCUCAGCUUUUUGACCCAGGAGACCUGCAGGAUACUUCAAGCAGAGCAACAGUGAAGAAUCCUGACUGUAGCAGGAAGCUGAAAAAUAUUUUAGUCACUAUCUAUUGGUUGGGAAAAACAGCAAACAGCAGCACUUACUACAGUGGAGCAACACUGAAGCUGAAGGAGUUUGAAGGACUGCUAACCCAGAUGAGAAAGGAGACAGAAGAUGUUGAGAGCCCCAAGCGCAGCAUCCGUGACAGUGGCUACGUAGACUGCUGGGACUCGGAACGCAGCGAUUCUCUUUCUCCUCCUCGCCAUGGUAGAGAUGAUUCUUUUGACAGCCUGGAUUCCUUUGGCUCCCGCUCCCAACAAACCCCGUCUCCAGAUGUGGUGCUGAGAGGAAGCAGUGAUGGGAGAGGAAGUGAUUCUGAAUCCGAUUUGCCACAUCGAAAGUUGCCAGACGUGAAAAAGGACGAUAUGUCUGCAAGACGGACCUCCUAUGGUGAACCCAAAUCAGUUGUGCCUUUCAACCAAUACCUCCCCAAUAAGAGUAACCAGACUGCCUAUAUUCCGGCUCCUCUUAGGAAGAAGAGAGCCGAACGAGAGGAGUUCAGGAAGAGCUGGAGUACUGCUACUUCUCCAAUAGGAGGAGAGAGACCUUUCAGCAAAAGCCAUCCUGAAACUAUAGAAGAAGAACAAAGUGAGGCACCGAUGCAAUCUGAAGUGGAUCCCUUGGCCUUGGGAGUUUCUGCUGCAAAACCCUCUGUGAAGCCUGUUGAGAUGGAUACCAGUCAGAAAGACCCUUUACAUCAGUCUCCUACAUUUUCUGCAAAAAAACCAGCAGGUCUCGGAAAUAAUGAAAAGAAUCCCAAGGAGCUCAGAAAGCUGAGAAGGCUUGAACAGGCUGGUAUUAAGGUCAUGCCAGCAACACAACGCUAUGGCAGCAGGUCAGCCCCACACUGUGGAGUCUACACCGCAUGUGUCACAUUUUUAACAUUUGCUGGGCUGUGUUUUAUGUCACUUCCCGUAACACAUCACAAGCACAUGGGUGAAAUGAGUGAGCCUAGUCCAGACAUCAUCCUUCGCAAAGAGAACCCCUUUAUGCAAAAGGAUUCUGGCUCUGAAGAUGAACGAGAAAACAGAAUUCCUGACCUAGAGAAGGAUGACUUUGCUGUACGCAGAGCAAAACUAAAUCAACCCAAACUUACUUUGCCAUUUAACCAAUACCUACUUGGAUCCUAUACAAACAACGAUAGACGUAAAAUGGAGGAAGGGAGCAAACGGAGGAAAAAACAGGAAUGUACAAGUGGAAACAAAGUACAUAUGGCUUCAACAAGGCAAACGGCGUUGUGUGAAGAGAAACCAUUCCUGCAGUCUCAGGAGGAUGAAUCUGAGGAGAAAGAACAAGCAAAUGUUCCUGAUAUUCACAGAGAUGACCUGGCUAAGCGGAAAACUCAGGCUAGCCCCUCCCAACUAGAUUUUCCUAUUUUUAUGAGAGCUUCUAUAACACAAGCGGAUAAGGAGCUAUGGGACCGACUCAAAGUUUCAGGGAAGACCAGUGAUGAGGAACUUGCAGACACUCAAGAUUCUUUUCCACCCUCUGAAGUGGCAGUGGAAUCUGCCAGCCAUAAUUAUUUUGCAAGCCACAAAGCAAGGAUGCACAAGAAGACCAGCCCCAAGCAGAGGUUUGUGCACUUUGGGCCAGUGACGGAAAUUGACCAUCAGAAAUUGGAGAAGCUUUCCACUUCUAGGGCUGUGACUAAAGAUGAAAUGGAAGAAAUAUCCAGUAGGGAAGGAGUUAAGGCUCUUAAGAGUUUGAGUGAAACUUCAUUCGAAUUCUCUGUGAGCUGUAUCAAGUCCACUGGUCAUGCUGAGGAAGCCCUCAAGCCCCAUGCUAAUAGCAGUGAAAUAAUACUGUCCAAUAUGGAUGUGUAUACUUCCUCCCCCUUGGAAGCUUGUAUUGAUUCUCAGAAGCAAAUGCCAAGCAGUUUGAGCAAAUGGCAUGAAAGUAGCGACGAAGACUUGGAUGACAGCUUUCCAGAUAUUGAGAGAGAUGACAUGUUGGCUAGAAGAUUUGGAAAUUUUCAGAGAUCUACUAGUCCAGUUUGCACAUAUCCACCUUCCCUUUCGGUAGUCAGUCAUAGUCCAUUGAAGCAGCAAGGAAAUUUUGUUGUUUAUGGAGAUUGGAAGACUCCACAGAAAUCAGAAAGAAGUUCACUACUGCCUUUUGCCAUGCAACAUUGUCAUGCAACACCUUCACUUGUAUCCAUAAGUUCUGUUGUAACAUAUGAAGAUGGCCUUGGGAAGUCAGAAGAUCAAGAAGAGCACACGAAUGAUACAACAGGAGACACAAUGGGAUUUAGAAAUCCAGGGAAAGAUGAUAUGAUGGUGAGAAGAACCGGAGCUUUUCUGAAGCAGACCGGACCAAGCGUUAGGCAGUUCCUCCCAGUUCCUUUCUCGAAGCAGCAGAAUGGUGAGGAGGCAACUAAGGAGCUUAUAAAGACUGAACAGAAAGUGAAGAGCGUUAUUAUGACAGACACAGUAGUAUCUGAAAAACGUCCAAAGCUAUGUGCAGAAAUCCCUCAAAGGCUUACAGUGCAACCUGAACAUGAAGAGGAACAAGACAUACCAGAGACAUUGUAUUCCAUGCAAGAGUAUGUCUCUUCUGAUGCUCAUGAGAAUAUGGCUCAUCCCGAAGCAAUUCAGCCAAGUAAUUCUUCUAAGAUGCAAGAAGUUAUGGAAAGAAAUGGCAGAGAAUGUACAUCAUUAGAAGAUGAACAUAUACAAAUAUUCGGCUCCAGAACUCCUGUGUCUGAUGACGCAGAGAGCAUGAGCAUGUUUGACAUGAGAUGCACAGAUGAGACUGCUGUGAUACAGCCUCACAGCAAAGCUCGCCAUGAAAAGUUACAGACGAUUCACCACCAGCUGAAAGAGGAUGAAGAUCGAUGGCAGGAUGAUUUAGCUCGGUGGAAAAGUCGCCGGAGAAGUGCUUCACAGGAUUUAUUAAAAAAAGAAGCUGAAAGAAAGAAGAUGGAGCGAUUAUUGACUGGAGCUGAUGGGACCAGUGAGCGUAGGAAAAGCAUCAAGACUUACAGAGAGAUUGUGGAAGAGAAAGAGAGGCGAGAGAAAGAGCUUCAUGAAGCAUACAAGAAUGCCAGGUCGCGUGAGGAGGCAGAGAGUAUUCUCCAACAAUAUAUUGAGAGAUUCACUAUUAGUGAAGCUGUCCUUGAACGCUUGGAGAUGCCAAAAAUUCUGGAGAGAAGCCAUUCAGCUGAGCCAAAUUCAUCAUCCCCACCGAAGGACCCGAAUCCUCUUAGAUAUCUACGGCAACAAUCACUCCCUGUCCCCAAAUACACUGCCAAGGUAGAGGCAACCAUUGCUCCCGCCAGCGGAUCGGAAGCCAGCAUUUCCACAGGCCGCACUUCUCCAAGCAAACCUUUCGUCUCCAAGGCUGUGCCUAUGCUGACCCCCAAGCCUUACUCGCAACCCAAAAACACCCAGCAGGUUUUGAAAACCUUUAAGGUAGAUGGAAAAAUCAGCAUGAAUGGGGAAACCUUCAAUGGAGUGGAAGAGGAGCAAGACAGAGAAUGUACAACGUUCAUAUUUGCUCCUUCGCCAAGUCGUUCACCAAAGCCUGACACUGUGGUGGAAGUGGAUGGCACCUUGGUGGAGGGGAAGCAAGACUCCACUAGCACUGAACUGGUUCUGAAGAGACUUAUCGAGCAUAGCAAACACAGAGAGCAGACCGGCUCCGUGACUGAAGAAACUAAAAACACCAACCAAAAAGACAACAUUGAUUCAGAAAGAGCAUCUCCAGACCACAAAGAAUUCAGCACAAUGGUUUCCUGUGCCAGCCCUACAGUGGUCAGUGUAGAGUUCCCCUCCCUCACUAAUCAUUCCAAGGAAAUUGGUUCAAAUGAUGAGCCGAAGAAACCUGAAACAGGGCAACAGAAGGAUGCAGAAGCACCAGUUAUGCAGAAGGCAGUGACCUUGGAAACCCCUGAGCAAGAUGGAGGCAUUGCAUUUCCAUUUCUGAAGAAGAUACCUGAGGCAAACCAAGUAGUCCUGCAGAAUUCUGUCCCACAAGCUGACUCUGAGAACAGUGACAAGUCAAACCGUUUUGGUUGCUGGUCUUGGGAUCCAGAAGAAGAAAGAAAAAGACAAGAACGGUGGCAGCAUGAACAGGAGCGCUUACUUCAGGAAAGGUAUCAGAAAGAGCAGGACAAGUUGAAAGAAGAAUGGGAAAAAGCACAAAAAGAAGUUGAAGAGGAGGAACGUAGAUACUAUGAGGAGGAACGCAAGAUCAUUGAGGAUACUGUGGUUCCAUUCACAGUUACUUCAAGCUCUGCAGAACCCUUGUCCACCUCUUCCUCUGUGACAGAUGGAAAUGGGACUGUGAAUGCGAUAGAUAUGAGCAACUCUGAAGAGGAGGAAAAGCAGAAGGAAGGAAGAACACUGAAGAAAUUAUUUUGUGAGCAGGAUGGUGCAUCCUUCUUGAAAAACAAGGAAUAUGAACAGUGGAAGGAAAACGUGAGCGCUGUAAAUAAAGUAGCAUAUCUAGAAACCAGUAAUCAGAGAGGAAAUGAGCAAGAUCAGCAGACAUCCACACCAGAAUGCAUGUCAUCCACUGGAAUGACUUUGCCAUUGUGUCAGGAAAUGCUACAGAAUCAGCAGUUAUUAACUAAACAGAGCCCACAUGCUCCAGACACCAGACAGAAAAACUUGCCAUUAGAAGAUCAUUUAGGUCUGCCAAUCAAAUCCACAAGAGAACAUAGGAGGGCAGGUUGUCAAGAGAACUUCAGGACUGGGCCACCGUCACCAUGCUCUCCUACAAUUCCAAGCCAGUCACUCAACAGGUAUAAAAGGUCCAUCAGUGGAAAGAAGCUCUGCUCUAGCUGUGGACACCCUCUUGGGAAAGGAGCUGCCAUGAUCAUCGAAACACUUGGUCUUUAUUUCCAUAUCCAGUGCUUCAGGUGUGGAAUUUGUAAAGGACAGCUUGGAGAUGCAGCGAGUGGAACAGAUGUCCGGAUAAGAAAUGGUCUUCUCAACUGCAAUGAUUGUUACAUCAGAUCCAGAACUGCUGGUCAGCCAACAACGUUGUGACAUGGAUCUCAGCCUUGCUUACAAAAGUCCUCUGCAAGAAGGAAUGUCACCAUCAUGUUCCUGGGGCUGUUUUCCAGACAAUCACAUGUAAGCUUGUACCCAUGGACUUCAUAGCUUUCAUCUCACCUUGAAAGGCUGGCACAAGAGGCUCCAUCGGCUACUUCCCAAUGCAAUACAUAAUUUUCCUUCCUUAAUUCACUUACAUUAUGUGUAUGGAGUGCAUCUCUGGACAUUUAGCUCCCUACCCUUCCCAUGAGAGCGUGUUCUGUAUUAUCAGUUAUGUUUGGUUUCAGAGUCUGCUCUUUGGAAAGUAACAAGGAAAUAAAGAUGCAAUAAACCUAUUCUGUUUUAAUAUGACUAGGAACUGAGAAUUUUAAGUUUACACAACCUUUGUAGAUGUUCUAUAAUAUGCCAACAUAUUAAUCUAAUUAGUUGCAUUUGAGGGGUGGGGGGAGGGGAGAUUAAGCAGCAUCACAUAAAAUGACUUUUCUGCUUAUUACUGAAGUGGUGACUUUUUUAUAUAUAUGAAGAAACUAGUUUGAUAAAACACACUGUAAUUCUGGAAACAUUUUAUUAUAUUACCUUCAGUGGAGGAUAGGAAUUCUAUAAAUAAAUUAUUGCAUCUUUCAUCAUGCAAUUUCUGUGUGCAUAAAAUAAUGUUCCGUAUAAUGAAGAAUUGUUUUACCGGAUGAAGGUAUUUUCACUAAACAUAAAUAGUAUGUGCAUUCUGCAAUUGUAGGAAUAUCGGAGAAUAUUCCACAUGAAUGUUACGUUUCUUUGGAGUUGGCAUAUAAUGCCCAGCUGUGCCUCCGUGAAUGUGGCCCAUAAUUGCGAAAACCAGUUAAGCAGCCAAAGAAGUCUGACCAGUUGUGACAGUUUCAAAAUAAACUUCUGGCCCCUGGACCAUUGUCCAGCAGAAUGGCAGAAGUUGGCCACCCCCAAAAUAAUGAAUAGAAAAUCCUUCUUAACAUACUACAGAAUUAGUAUUAAAAAUGUUCCCCACAAUUCAAGACUGCCCGUUUGCAAUGAUGGGGAAUCAUUUGAAUGGUGCAGUCGGGACAUGUGCACAAGCUUUCCUUAAUGUUAAAGAGAAUGGGGCAGGCCAUGUGCGCACACACACAGGAACCCCGUGAACCUUUGGAUUGCAGGCAGUUGCAUUUUGCAUAGAAUGAGCACGCAUGAAGCUGAGUUCUUAAGACUUUGUUUGACAGGUACAAUUAAAGGGACUACCAGUUUAGAACUUCUUUGUUCUACUUUCAGUAAAGUUGCUGUAUGUUGACUCAUUUGCAUAUUUUAUUAAUCUUUUGUGGCCCCCCCCCUGAUAGUGCACAUAUUGAACUAAAUCAAAGUAGCAGAACCUGCAAGAGGGCCCCAAUGAAUAUGAGAUGGAUCUUAUGAUUCACAAGCAUACAUACUUGAAAGUCAGGUCAGGAGACGCUAAUGAACUGUACUUCCAAGUGAGCAUGCUUAUGAUUAGUGUUUAUUAGCACAAAAAGAAACCUAGGUCAAGAUCACAUACCUUAUUCACACAGCAGCUAGUUAGUUGAUAACUAGGAUGCAUAAAACUAUUGGCCUCAGUUCUCAUGUGGCGAGUUUCCACAGACCAGGCCUGCUUAUGUCCUCAGUCAAAGGCUCCGAAUAGGCACUAAACUAGGAGGGAUUAAGAGCCUAUAAUCUGUGGAGCCAGUGUGAAUGUAGUCAGUCAGUCAAACUUUAUUAUGGUUUCAGACCAUCACAAAUCUGUCUAUGGAUCCAAGUUUGUCUAUGGAUACUAGUCUUGAGGGCUAUAGGCCACCUCCAGCCUAAAAUGCAAGAUGCCUCUAAAUACCUAUUGCAGAGGGAAAGGCAUGUCCUCCGCUCUUGCCUGUGGGCUUCCCAGAAGCAUCUGGUGGACCACUAUGUGAAACAGGAUGAUGGACUUGAUAGGCCGUGGACCUGAUUCAGCAGGCCUGCUCUUAUGUUCUCAUGUUCUUACAAAUGUGGAUGUAUGAACUGAGGGCCAACUAGAUCAUAGUUUGUGGAUGCAUGAUUGGGAAGGGGACUGUAACUGUUUGCCCCCACCAUGAUCUGAAUCUGGAUUAGUGGCAAAGGGUUAAGGUCCUCCACCCACAGUUCUAGUCCAGUUUAGGGUCCCACACAGCUAUUUAUUGUUUUAAAUAGGAACACGCAAGCCACAAUCUUGUCUAGCUUGGCCCCCAGUCUUGGGCUGCGGCAUUUAAGUACACACAGACUUGGAAAAGAAUAUUCGCCAGUGCAUUUAAUAGAAUGGACAGAACAAUUCUCCAAAAUAGUCUCUUCAUUUCUAAUGUAAUGCAUUGGCAAAUAUUCUUUUCCAACCUGGGGCCAUAGCUCAGCUUUGCAUGCAGGAGGUUCCAAGUUCCCUCCCUGGCAUCUCCAGGUAGGGCUGGGGAAGGUUCCAGUCUGAAAUCUUGGAGAACUGCUGCCAGUCUGUGUAGAUACUGGUCUGAGUUAGUAUAAGGCAGUUUCCUGUGUUUCCAAUAUGGGAAUAAAUAAUAACUCGCCUUAUUUGGUGGGGGUAGGGGGCAUAGUCCAGUAGUAGAGCAUCAGCUUUUCACGCAGAAGGUCCCAGGUUCAACCCUUGGCAUCUCCAGGUAGGGCUGAAGAUGACUCCAACAUGAAACCUUGGAGAGUCGCUGCCAAUCUGUGUAGAAUAGAUAAUACUGAGCUAGAUGGACCUGAGAUGGUAUAGAUGGUCUGACCUGGUAUAUGGCAGCUUCCUCCAUUCCUAAGCCUGGGAUUCUUCUUUGUAAGACGAAUCCCAGCAUAGUUUCCAUAGUUUCCUGCUUCCCUCUCUGCUCUGGCAAAUGUAUGUAAUGAGAGGACUGCAUGUGAGAGGUGUAUGAUGUGGUUACUUCCCACAGCAACACCUAUCCCUUAUGUGGAGCCAAUGGCUUUGUUUUGGGAGGUACACAUGCUUCUUCCACAUAGCCUGUCCAUUACAUAUGUUACUGAAGUGACAUGGGAAUCAGCCAUGACAAAGCAGCUACAGCAACCACAUCUUUAAAGAAGCAUAAGAACUAACCCUCUGACUGAAAACAAGAGUCUCUGAAUUCAUAAGAAAUGGAAGAUCAGGACGCAAUGUGACAUCUGAAUCUGAAUGUCAGCGCAUUUCGUUCAAAUGUACUGUGUGGAUCUCAAGCUAACAUUAUUUUUUUCUCAGGUGGCUACUGCAGCCAGUCUGAAAUAGAAAAUGGUUGGAGCUGGGUGUGUGGCUAUCAGACACAGCUGACAGGCUGCAGUUGUGCAAUCAUAUAGAAUUGGUUUGUGAGCAGCACUAAUAUGGUCACAUCAGUACACUGAGAAAGAAAACAUUAGAAAACAUAUGUUGAUAUCACCUGAAGGUAGUCUUUUGAAAGAAAUAUAUAUUUAUGCUGCCUUAAGAAUAUUAAAGAAAACUAAGUUAAUUGAGAUUGAAUGUGGCUAUAUAUACACUUCAAUUGUCUCUUGGUGUGUUAGCAAAAAAACAGACAUUUCUUAGGUAAGCAAUACAUAUUUUUUAAGGAUCGCACAGCUAGUAACUAUUUUUAUGCCUAGAUAGAAGGAUCUUGGAUUGCAGUUGCAUACUCAUGCAAAAAAUCUCCUUUGUCACUCAAAAGCAUUUGUACACAUUGGUUGUAUGUUUUAAAUUGUACUGCUGUCGGAUAGGAAGAUACACAUUUCAUUAAAAUGGUGCCUUAGAAAAUACAAUGCUGUUGCACAGUCACCAGUGGCACAUGGAUGUAAUUUUUUUUUAGAAAACAAAGAAAACUCCCAAGGAUGGGUGCUGGAAAUAGGAGUUUUACAGUCAGAACCAGUGUCUGUGGAAUGUACAGUUGAGUCCCAUGCUAGAGUAGCCAUUGGCAUGUUUUGUUGGGAUGCUUUGGAUAACCUUGAUGUUUGCAUGGAUCAUGCUAGUUAUAAUAUGUCUUUGCAAAACAAGAAAUGCACAAUAUGAACAUGGAAGUCACAAGAUUUUGUAAGUACAGCAGUACCUUUUCCUCCUACUGACAUUAAGGUGGUAAUUUUCAAACUUUGUGCUGUAAAAGAAAUGGAUCAAAUAAUGAAAGGCUCUAUGCCCCCCAAAUCCAGAGUAGGCUGCUUGCUAUGUCUGAAUGUGUGGCUUCAUAUAACCACUGGUGAAUCUGUAGGUAGGUAAAAUAUGUUGGCAACCAAGAGUGGGUAUUCCUGGAGGUUGUGACAUCUGAACCUUCCACCCAAAUCUGAUUCCCACGCUCUCCAUCCAACAAUCCUUCUCCUGACUUCCAAAUCUUGGUUACUGAAGUCAGGAGAAUGGAUUCUUCUGAAGGUGGCCAAUUCUUUCUUCCUCCACAUCUUUUGGGGUAUAAAAACCUUUUUGGGCCUCAUUCUGACGUGCAUCUCAGCUCUCAUAAAUACUCUCAAUGGAGAGUAUUAAAACUGGAGCUAAUAUCCAGAAUGUGGUCUCUGUUUCUGCCCUUUGGGCUUAGAUGGAUGGCAUUGCAGCAUUUCAAGAGAAGGCCAAGUUACCUUUAGCCCAAGGAUGCUCAGCUCGCCCUCGUGCUCAGCUCCACAAUUCAGCUUGCAAGUAGCUCACCUUGUGCUGGUCUUUGUUAACUUGGCAGAGACUAUGUGGCCUGAUGCACCUUGGAGGGCAGGGGUCAGAAGCAGGUAGAAAUAGCACUACCAGUCUCCACAGUUGUAGCUGCUUUGAAUCACUUGUAUACUGUGUCUGCGUCUCCUGUCACUGUCAUUCCAUAGCAGGGAGGAGGAUUGUGGGGUACAUUGUACAUGCCACAGGAGGACCCUACAGUAACAUUGUUUUGAACUGCAUACAGAAGGUGGCACAGUACUCUUACCAUAACUGUCUGAAACCUGUAACUUGGUUAUACAUCAUCACCUAGCUAAAUGCAGUGCUGAUCCACACAUCAUGUUGGCUGGUUGCAUGUGGGUACUGAGCAGUUGCAUAGCUGACAUGUAGAUAUGUGGUGAUGCACAAAGUUUUUCUUAAGUGCCAUUUAUCAUUAUGGAUAUUUGGUGCACAUGCAAGAUUGCAGGUGUGGGUCAGAAUUCAGUGCACAGUUGGGCAUGCUUAAGACCAUUGGAUGUUCAAGCACACCUUACUUUGUAGUGGGUUGUGCUCAUGGCAUAUAAUCAAAUGGGAACGUCUGAAAAAGUCUAAUUAAAGUGAAUAGAACUUGCACAAGAGCAAAGGCAUGUUCAUGCAUGGCUCCUUUCCUUUCAGUGGGCUUGCGCGGAAGUCAAGCGCAUUGCAGUCAUUGUGAGUUGCACUUGUACACAAAGAUAAUUUUUAAAAGUCUGGAGAAUAGUGCAGAUUUGACCCUGCUUUUAAUAAAGCAGAAUUUCAAAUCCUACCAAUGUUCAGUAAAUUAUCAUUGUAGCCAUAACUCGCAUGCUAACAGAAUUUUUCAUGUGCAGUGUUUUCUGUCCAAGGUUUUAUGGCAAGGGACAUGUGCCCCCGCCCCCAUUCUACUUCCACAUAAGAUGGUGGAGGUCAACUUUAUAUGUUUCAUAACCUAAACAGACCAGCAGUUGCAGAACACAACUCUACGACGAUUUCAUAGUCACCAGCAUAGAUUUUUUUUUAAUUUUAUAAUUGCCAACUUCAAAUUAUUAUAGAGGAGGUUCACUCAUGCUUCAGCCCUCAUGAUGUACAGCUCUGUUAUAAGUGUGGCAUAUAUGCUGUUCAGAAAAUCUUUUGUGGGAGAGUUCGGAUGGCAAGGAGAGAAAAAAUUCACUACUUUGUUGGUUUGCAAUGGCAAGUGUGUGUUUUCAAAGAGUGAUUUACUGUUGAUACACCAAUAUAAUACAUGUAAUGGGUUUUUUUAGGUGUUCCAAAAAGUGUGUUUAGCUCUUCAAUUCUUUUAGAAAGCAGGCAUAACCAUAUCAUAAUUAUUUUUAUAUAUUUUGUUCUCAAAACUUCAUAGUGGUCCUUAUUCUUGUUAUGUAGAAUUAAUUCCAUAUCCAUUGUAGUUAUAUCUAUGUGAUAUAAAAAUUGGGGAGCCAAAACAGGGCUACUUUAAUAUGCAAGAUCAUCAAAGGACAAGGGUCCUACUUGGUUUAAUGUUGAAUACCAAUUUCACUAAUCUCAGUUGAUGAUAUUUAUUCUAAAAUGCCUCUGGGAAGUAAGAAAAUUGUCUAAAAUGCAACAGCUUUUAUAGUAAAUGUUAUGUUUAUAAAUAAAACAUUGAUUAAAACUGAUGUUCUUUAUUAUUAUCAUUAUCAUUAUUUUAUUUUAUAUUCUUGUACACAGUCAUAUUUUAUGGGAAACCAUUUUUUAUAAAUGUUUGGAUUGUACCUUUGCCAAAAGCUUCUGUAGCAGUUAUUAAAAGAUCUAACUAUUUUCUGUUUUAAAAUGUAUUAUACACAUUGAACUCUGCUGCAUGAUCCACUCAACCCACAUAGACAGGAUUUCUCAGUGGGUGUCCCUAAAUCCAUUCCCUAGAGCAGGGCAGGGGAUGAUGUGAGUUGUAGUUCAACAACAUCUGGAGGGCCAAAUUUGCCCUGCCCAGACCUAGAGGAUCUUGGAAUCUGAGCCUGUAUAUUUUCUGGAAGAGUUGUAAACUGGUGGAAUAACUUUAACUGAAGGUGUACUUCAUAGGGCUGUCACCCAGUUAAAUAAAUUUAGUUAUGUGUAUGAUCAACUGACCAAGUCUGUGUAGCUUUAACUGAAUAUGAAUAAAGCACAGGAACACAGAAAGUUGUCUCAUAUUGAGUCACACCAUCUAGCUCAAUAUUGUCUACACUGUCCCACAAGUGUCUGUGCCUAUCUGUUCCUAAAGCACAGCACUAAUAUAUAAAUUGGUGGUGUCAUUCUAGUUAAACCAUUUACACCAUGUUCAGUUCAAAUUAAUACUAAUUUCCACAUGUGCUUCUGCUGUAAAUUGAACAAAUUACCAAUAAAUUAUUAAAUAGGAUUGCAUUCUUUGAUCAACUAAAGCUUUAGUUGGUUUAUUAAUGGGAGCCCAUUUUAUUGGUGAGUGGAAUUUGUAAGUAAUGGGACUGUGAUAUGAGUGUGCUUGUGUAUUUUUGAGGGUACUUUGGAUCUAGUGUGUGUCAGUGGAAUAAAAAAGAAAAUAUUUCA